GAGCUUAUUGCGUUUAGCGAGAGGGCUAAGGACUUUGCCAGCAUUGACUGCCAAGUGAUUGGUGUCUCCACAGACUCUGAGUUCAGUCAUCUUGCAUGGGUUAACACGCCCAGAAAGGAUGGCGGUCUGGGCAAACUGGACAUUCCCCUGCUGGCUGACUAUAAAAAGAAGAUCUCGCAGGAUUACGAUGUUUUAUUGGAUGACGGGUUUGCACUUCGCGGUCUGUUCAUCAUUGAUAGGAACGGCGUGUUGAGGCACAUGUCAGUCAACGACCUGCCCGUCGGUAGAUCUGUGGACGAGACCCUGAGGCUGGUAAAGGCUUUCCAAUUCGCUGACAAACACGGAGAAGUGUGUCCAGCGAACUGGAACCCAGACACGAACGCUGACACCAUCAAACCAAAUCCCAAGGAGAGCAAAGAAUACUUCAAGAAAGCCAAUUAAAUAGUUGUGUCCAGUAUUGAUGAUUAAAUCCCAGUAAUUUGCUUGAAUAAGCGAUUUUUGCAUUAAGCUUCGUGUAGAGAACAUGUAAAGGGCGGUGGGGUUGUAAAAUAUUUUUAUGAAGUUACCUUUAAAUAUACCUUUUUUCGUUGAA